UUCAGAGCAUCCGAGAUGAUUAUGAUUAAAACAUGUGCACAUAAUUUAUUAUUAUUUGAAACGAGACUCUAAGUUAGUUUGAAAAGCGAUUUUAGAGAAGAGGAUUUUUAGUUUUAGUUGAAUUAAGAGUGAGUGCAGUUUGAAAAGGUCAAAAUGAGUGACCAAAAAAAUUCGAUUAUUACGUAAUUUAUCAUCAAGAAGAAUUUAAUAAAUUUAUUUUCAUAGCCAUGACUAAAAUAAAUAAAUUAGUUUAUUUAUUACUCAUCAUUUACUUCUUUGAUUCGAAUUCAAGGAUGAUUUUUGGUGAAUUAGUGGGAGAUAAUGUUUGCCAGGACGAAGAGAGGUACAUGGUAAACGUUACGAGGCAUUUUCUAAGAAACAUUACAAUCCGGGACUACGAAUGGUGCCUUCAGGUUCCGCCACGGUGUUCCACUUACAAAGUGCAACAGAUAAACGACUCCAGAACAGUUGAAGAAGAAAGAGUGAAAUACAUCAAAACUUGUUGCAGCGGUUACAAACUUUCAAACAAAGGAGAUUCUUGCAUUGCAGAAGGUUGUCCAAAUUGCAUAAAUGGUAUAUGCAAUAAAACCCAAAUUUGCGAUUGCGAACCUGGGUACCAAGGAAUCGAUUGUAGCGAAGAAUGCGAUACCGGCUUUUUUGGGAAAGAUUGUAAACAAGAAUGUGAUUGCGGCGAUCAAGGGAUUUGCAACAAAGAAAAUGGGAAAUGUUUUUGCCCUCAAAUACAAACAAUAAACGGAUUAAGGUGUGAACCAACAUGUUCGAGAGAUAAACCUGAUCAUGAAUGCAAAUUUCAAUGUAUUUGUUUUCCUAUAAAAGAAGAAGCUUCGUUAGUUCUUGAAACAACGACAGAUUUUGAUUUUUCAACUCAAUACGAUGACAAUUUUGAUGUGAUUGAUGAUUAUAAUAGUGAAGAAUUAAUUAGGAAUAUUCAAUUGAUUAAAACUAAUAGUUAUGUGACGAAACCAUGGGUUAAUAUAAAAAGAUCGAGUAGUUAUCCCUUUAGCUAUUUCACAACUGAAAAUAAUAAACCACCGAAAAUGUAUGGAUUUGAUAUAUUAUCAACCAAAAAAUUUAUCACUACAACUGAAGCAGCGAAAACAACAACAAUAACAACAACAACAACAACGAUAAAAGAGAUUAAUAAUAUAAAAGAAACAAUGAAUAAUAAUUUUUCUAAUGAGAAUUUAAUAAUAGAUAGUAGAUUAUUUAUAACAGUAUUAUGCGCGGUACUUUUUUCAGUGCUCGUGAUACUUUUUGCAGUGACGUUUUGUGUGCUGCAUAGGUUAAAGGAGAGAAAACGAGAAUGUGAAUUAAAAAUUAAAGAGAAAUCUGCGCAAAACAUCCCCAGCGUUUCCGUUACUGCGAGAAGCAUUUUCCAUACCCCUUUACCAGAACCUCCAACAUUUCAAAACCCAGUUUUUUCAUUACCUUUGGACUCAAAUCUUCAACCAAACGCAAUCGAGGUUGUUUGUAACAUGAAUUUUCCUAAAAGUACAUCUUCUACAUUACAGGAAGAAUUUUUUUAUGAUCAUCCACCAUCCACAGGAAGUUAUCGAGCGGCUUCAAUUCCAGAACCUCCAACACCUUUACUAGAAAAGCUCAGUUUCGAUCCGAUUUACGAUGAAAUUCCGAAUCAAAAGAAGCAAAUAUCAUCAUCGUCAAGUCCUCCACCUUCGUAUAUUUCAGAUAAAUCAACUCUUUACAUGAAUACGCGAUGAUGUUUGUUUUGAUUCCUUUUUUCUUUUUGUUAAUAAAGAUAAGAAAAUUGAAA